GUUGUAACAAAUCGCUAGCUCAGCUGCGGUUCUAGGAGUGUUUCCCGAAAAAGCCUGCGUUUAAAGUAAAAAUGGUUAAACAAACGAUACAAAUAUUCGGACGUAUUAAGCCCACGAAGAAACCCGCGGCGGUAUACUCUGUGGAUCAAAAGGAGGAUACAAAUGCUUCUCUUGAGUUUUUGGUACCUAGGGACCUGGCUGAUGGCUUUGUUAACAACAAGAGAGAACGCUACAAGUUCAGGUUCCAAAAAGUGUUUGAUCAACAUGUUAAUCAAGAGGCAAUAUUUGAAGAAAUAGCCAAACCAGUAGCAGAAAGUGCGCUGGCCGGUUAUAAUGGAACCAUAUUCGCUUAUGGACAGACGGGAAGUGGGAAGACGUUCACUAUCACUGGAGGAGCUGAGCUUUACAGCGAUCGAGGUAUCAUACCGCGUACCCUGUCCUACCUGUACGAACGCUUCCGCCAGGAAAGCAGCAUGAUAUUCUCCACACACAUCUCUUACCUGGAGAUUUACAACGAGGUGGGAUACGACCUUUUGGAUCCCAGAUAUGAGGCCUCGCGCCUGGAAGACCUACCGAAAGUGAUGAUUAUGGAGGAUCCAGAGCAGAACAUCCACCUGAAGAAUUUAUCUAUGCAGCAGUCUACUAAUGAGGAAGAGGCUCUGAAUCUGCUCUUCCUUGGGGACACUAACCGUAUGAUUGCAGAAACCCCCAUGAACCAGGCCUCUACUCGUUCGCACUGUGUUUUCACCAUACAUCUCUGCAGGCGUGAACCGGGCUCAGCCACUUUGCGGCGAUCCAAACUCCACCUUGUGGACCUAGCUGGAUCAGACCGAGUAAGCAAGACAGGCUUGGAAGGGCAGCUGCUCACCGAGGCCAAGUACAUCAACCUGUCACUGCAUUACCUGGAGCAGGUGAUUAUAGCAUUAUCAGAGAAGAAUCGCUCCCACAUUCCAUACAGGAACUCCAUGCUAACAUCGGUGCUGAGGGACAGCCUUGGGGGAAACUGCAUGACCACCAUGAUCGCCACUAUGGCAGUCGAUAAACAGAACCUUGAUGAAUCCAUCUCUACAUGCCGCUUUGCUCAGCGUGUGGCUCUCAUCAAGAACGAAGCCGUUUUGAACGAAGAGCUGGAUCCUAACCUGCUUAUAGCGCGUUUAAAGCGAGAAAUCCUGUGCCUGAAGGAUGAGCUGGCGAUGGUGACAGGAGAUCAGCGAAAUGAGCCGCUAACUGCAGAUGAGAUCCAAAGGUUGGAUGAGUUACUCAAGGCCUUUCUAAAUGACCCAGAUCCAGAUGUGAUCCUGUCUCUGGGACCUGACAUGAGAAAGAUACAGCACUGUUUCUUUCUGCUUAAGUCAAUGAUUUUGGAGAAAAAAGGUGCCAAGAAUGAACUCUGUGAUCGACAACAGCCACCGACAGGAAGUACAGAGAACGCUCAACCCGGCAGUGUGAGCGCAGCAGAGAUGGCCAGACUGAGUGAAAUAAUUAAGCAACGUGACAAUGAGAUCAGUAUAUUAGUGAGAGUACUGAAGAAAGAAAAGAAAAGAGCAGAUGAUGCCAUUGCUCAACUUGCUUACAACAACGAUGUUAAAUCUCUCUCCUCCCUAAGGUCUUCGAGCUUAUCCACUUUUUCUCAGCCUAAAGAAGCAAACAUGAACUCUGAUGGGAUAGGAUCCACAAUGUUUUUACUGAACGAAAGAAAUGUGGAAACUUUCACACCAGGACCCGGUGAAAGAAUGUUUACACCAAAGUUUGGACUUGGGAAGGUUGACAUGUUUCCCACAGACCAUGGAAGUCAGCAACGUGCAGUGCUUCAGCUUAAAGAAGGAAAAGAGAAAAAUGCAGAGGACCAUAGUGGAAAAGUUCCCAUGGUGCCCCAGUUUGGACAGAAAAAUGCGGACACUUUUCCUAUGACCCAAAGAGAACAAGUGUUUACAGCGCCUCAGUUUAGAGAGAGAAACCUGAACAGCUUUGGAGUGGACCAUGAAGGCCAAGCAUCUACAGCGGUUCAGUUAAAUCUGGAAAACAUGGAUGCUCUGAGAGCAGAGGACAAAAGAGAGUCCACAAUGCCACAGUUUAGAAAAGGAAACUCUCAGUGCAUUUCAGAGCAGAAAGGAGGACGGGAUGUGCAGGACAAGACCAGAGGUACAAAGUUGUCGAUGGGAAAACAAGAAGCCUUUGAGAUAUUCAUAAGAGAUCAUGAAGAACAUCAAACCAUUGAAGAGAACAAGAAUAUUCUAAAAGAAAGAUCGGCCGAGACCAAAAGACUUGGAGAAAAACUGAAUGAAGCCAAAAACCGAAUCACUGAGUUGAAGAAGCAGUUAGAGAUGCGGAGGAGGCAGAGGGCAGCUCACGUCGUGACAGGGAAUCACGCACAGGAUGAGGAGGAGUUCGACCCUGUGGAAGAAAACCUCUGCAAACAAAUUAAACAAGAAAAAGUGACAUACAAGAAUACCCUUGGCCGCCUAAAGGCUAUGAGGACAGAGAUCGAGCAUCUGCAGCUGUUGUCGGAGAGGGUUAAGGUCAAGAUCCAGAAGGAUUUCCAGAAGUGGUGGAGCCAGGAGGCCACUAAUCCACAGGGAUCUGAGGUCGAAGGCGGAUAUAAAACUUUGUCUCCAAAUGAAACCUUGCAACCGUCUUCACCUGGCACUCCAGAGUUUUGCGCUCCUCGUCUUAGCAGCACAAUGAAGGAGACGCCAUCAAACCAGGACAGAAAUCCAGACAGUUCCGUCUGUUCUGCUCCUGAUCUGAGGUAUCUGAAAAACUAA